AUGAGUUCUCCACAGGGCUCUGAUUCGCAUGGUAAUGGAAGACCAGAAGCGAAUAGCAACAGCUGGUCGCAAGAUGGUUAUUGUGGGCUGGAAGAGGAGUCAUAUACUUCUCGGCGACUGCGCCAUGCGUCAGCGCAUCAUCUUCACCUGACAAGCCGACGAUUCUUUAUAGGUCCAAUCCCCGAAGGCUGGUUGCAAAACCACAGAAAGACAUGGUAUAAGUCUCGGUUGAGAUUCAGGAAUUAUACCUCACGAACAAUUACCUUCUCCGUGGACCCUGUGGCCACCCAUUAUAAACAAAAUUCAGAUCGGAUUGCACCUCCUUCCUUGGAUCCCCAGGCCGAAUCAGACGACGAAGAAACCGAGUCAGAACAAUCAAAUGAGCCGCAGGAUCAACUGGCUGUAGAUUCGUCUUCACCACUACGAAUGCUAUCCCACGAGACGGUUGGAUCUGCUCAAGAACAUUCGCAACAGCCGUUCUCAGAUGCAGCCGAGAUCUCUGAUAGCACUGAAAUCCAGAACAAUGACCCAAGAAACAAUUCGCAAGAGGCUGCCUCGUCAUACUUUACGGCUCGGGAGGGCACAAGUCCUGAGGAACAGCGAAGGAAAGACAAGACUAAAGGCAAGAACAACAGCUCAAGUAUCCCUGAGCUUCCAGACCAAGGCCGCCCGAAUUCGAUAGCUUCAGUAAGUGAAGCCGACUCGUCUACCUUAUUGCUAAGAUCAAGCGCCCUGUCCAAUACGAAGGGCAAGCCCACAACCUCGUCGACAGGUGCCCUGGCCCAACAAGAACCCCAGAGUGAAGAUACCGCUGGAGAGUUUUCAGCAGGCAGUGGAGGUCGUGAGGAAUGGGAUAUCUUGCAACCUCUGUCGAGCAGGGUGGCCAGGUUCAAUCUAGAUGACAACAUCCUCGACAAGCAACAACGACUCCGUGCUAAAAUGUCCAGAACGCAUGAUAAUAUAUCCUCAAAUCGGCCACACAAGCGAAAAGCACAGAAAGGGGCUAUUGCAAAAGCAGAAAAGAUGCUAGUUCGAGUCGAAGAGACCCCGCAGACCCAUCUGCCCGACGACUACAUGGAAAAUGACAGCUUAAAAACGGAGACGCGAAUUGUCGAUAAGUGGCGCGAGUAUCUUGUCGUAUGCCGGAAGGGUUCGGAUGAGCAUACAUCUUUCUGUCUUCAAAUGUACAAGACACGCGUCAUUCCAGAAGUACAAAAGCCCGGAUCCAAGAAGAAACCAUGCCACCAAGUCCAUUUGGAUCACAAAACGACCAGAGUAAAUCUCUACUCUCCGCUCGACAAGACACUCGUACUAUGGCGUCCUUCUGACCGAGGUACCAAGAUCUACAUUAUACGACCACGGUCUGCUGCACAUUCAGUUGAGUGGUACACUUUCAUAUGCCAGUGUCUUGGAUGGCAGCGUCCGAAAUCGCUUCCUAUCAGCGUCCCCGAUCUUGGAGUGUCCCUUGUUUUCAAAAACCCUUUUGAGAAUUUGGAGCCUAACUCUUCUACUUCGACGGAUCAAGAUGGCGGAGCCGUUAAAGAAGAGCAUUUUGCAGCUUCAGCGAUUGUACGGGGCUGCAUGAAGAUGUUAGAGGGCCGAUCAGAAUGGGCAGAUGUUUUGAAACGGUGGUCUAGGACUGAGAAAAUGGGACUUGCUUGGAAGCGUUACGACAGGCUUGAAUGGAUUGUUGGUGUGAAUGCAGAGAAAAUUUACGGGUCGAUAGCAAUGCAAACAUCUCAUGAGCUCGAGCUACGACCCAGACAACACUACUCAACAGCUGUUCACGAGGAGAACACUAAAACGGAAGAGCCUUCCCCGAUAGAAGGGUUUUUGAUCCGUCUUACGUCUCAGAAAGGGGUACAUCAGCGACUGAACAAGAUGUUCUUCAAACGGUUAUACUUCUUCACUCAAGAUCAUUACCUUUUGUUUUGCAGGCCUGCAAAGGCAAUGCCACCGGCCCCUCCCAGAUCUAGUCUCGACAACAACUCGGACGUACCUUCAGCCCAGAAAAUUCUCGACACGAUGCCUACCUCUUUCGACGUGGAUCCAUAUACCAUUGCCGAUGGUGAAAUCUCGUGGUUGGAUAACGGGAAUCAACAGCACGUUCAAGGUCAUGACGAAGAAGCUUACGUUCAAUUCAAGAGGAACAUUCACAACACCAGCGAAUCAGACGGUUUUAUAGACCUCUGUCGAGUGCAAGAAGUGAGAACUGUGCGAAGAGGGAGCUGCUCUGCUGACCCGAACAUGGACCAGGGACCAGAUAUUGAAUUCCAUCCGGAGCAGCGAGAUACACCUCGGGAAGAUGGAUCCACGAACCAGUUUGAUGAUGAGAGAACCCUCGAGCUACUCUUGCACAAUGGCCUUGUCGUUCGCCUGCAGGCAUACAACUCUAGUACACGCGAUGAGUGGAUGAAACGACUAGACUCUCUCGUCAAGUAUUGGAAGAAGCGCACUGUAGCAGACAUCACCGAACUGAAAGCGGUCCGACAGCGCAACCUUGAGUCACUGGAUAUUGACGAAGAAAUGGAGUCCUUUAUGGGCCAGUUUGGAAGGAAAUGGGAGGUCAAGAAGGCGGUGGCUUCUCCCCAGAUACAUAAUAUGUGCGCAUUGUCUGGAUGCAGAACGAUCAAGAUGUCCGGCCAGCUGUACCGCAAACCCAAACGGCGCUCGACCUUUCGACGAUGCCACCUGAUUCUUACCGAGGGCAAAUUACUUAUUUACCACAGCGCCCUGCGAAAACGGAACGGCACCGAGAUACCGUCCAUCCAUCAAGAACAUGAGAUGACAAUCGAUCUCCACGACUGUUAUAUCUACUCCGGGUUGCUGACGGAUUCCGACCUUCUAUAUUCGAACCAAACGUUCGAUAGCAACCACCCCGGACACCAUGCUCUCCCGCGCGUGUAUCUAGCGUCGGAUGCCUAUACCAGCAGCGACGAAGACACUGCCAUCAGCUUUGUUAUCUGGCAACCUCGGAGGAGGAACCUGUUUCGAGCCCCGGAGGUCGGAGAGGAGGGUCAGACCAAGAAAACAUUGCGACAAGUAUCCGCAUUGGGUGUACAUGGCCGAAGCAUCGUCUUCAAGGCCCGAAGUCGUGUAGAAAAGGACCGAUGGGUGCUGAGCAUUGCAUCCGAAAUUGACCGGCUGCAGGAGGAGAAGCCUGAGGAUAUUCGCAUCGUUGGUCCUUAA